AUGGUAAUGAUAAAGGAGCUAGAGUUAUUAGAAGAGUUGACAAAAGGGACCUUUGGCUUUCCUAUAUGGCAACGUAAAGCACGACCAAUAGGUGAAAAAUUUAGUCUGGAACUUCCUCUCUUGAUUCCAAAAUCUUUCAUGGAAACUGAACAGACACUUUGUGUUCCAAGAAGACAACGGUCGCUGUCGUACUGGCUCUUAUUCGAAGUGGUGAAGAGUUAA